AUGCCACCUAACAAGACCGACAACGGCGUCAAGCCCAUUGCCCUGACGACCGAUGCACAAGAGCCACUGCCCAUGACCACCACAAUCAAGCCGACGAACGAAUCUCCGCCCGCGAUUGACGAACUGCUGGGCGACAUGGAGCGCCGCUUCGGCGAAGGCUCCCUGAUGCGCCUCGGCGACGUCAGCGCCCGACUCACAGUCGACGGCAUCCCCACCGGAGCCCUGUCGCUCGAUGUAGCGCUGGGCAUUGGCGGACUACCGCGCGGACGCAUCGUUGAGGCAGCCUAUGUCGAUGUCGAGCACGCCCUGGAUCCCGAGUUCGCUUCGCGCCUGGGGAUCGAUGUGUCGCAGUUGCUCAUUGCGCAACCGGACACCGGGGAGCAGGCCCUGGAAAUCGUCGAGGCGCUGGUCCGCAGCAACGCGAUUGAUGUUGUCGUGGUCGACUCCGUCGCCGCUCUCGUACCGCGAGCCGAAAUCGAAGGUGAAAUGGGGGACACACAGGUCGGUCUACAGGCCCGACUGAUGUGCCAGGCCCUGCGCAAACUGACCGGCGUUGUCGCCCGAUCCAAAACCGUGUUGAUCUUCAUCAACCAGCUCCGCGAGAAGGUCGGCAUCGUCUUCGGCAACCCGGAAACCACGCCCGGCGGCCGCGCGCUCAAGUUCUAUUCGUCUGUCCGGAUCGAACUGCGCCGAGCCGAAACAUUGAAGGACGGCCAGGUUGUCAUUGGCACGCGGGUCAAGGCGAAGGUCGUCAAGAACAAAGUGGCGCCUCCGUUCCGGACCGCGGAGUUCGACCUCAUGUUCACGGCCGCCGAGCACGGAAUCUCCAAGACUGGCUGCCUGAUUGACCUCGGCAUUGAGCCGGCGCCGGGAUCACCGGCCGGGGCCCCGUCCGUGAUCAAAAAACAGGGCACGUUCUACUCAUACGGCGAGACUCGACUCGGCCAGGGGCGUGAACGCACCAAGGCAUUCCUGCGCGAACACCCCGAGAUCGCGGAAGAAAUCGAAGCGCGCAUCCGGGAGGAACGUGGCCUCCCCAACGCCAAGUCACUCCUCACAGCGGACGGCGCCCCCAAGUCCAAACCGAUCGCCAAACCGCCACCGAAGAAGAAAGGCCGCUCUCGGAUGGGCUAA